AAAAAAAGGAAGAGGGGGCGCGCGGGGCAGGCUGGGAAGGGCCGACCGCUUCCGUCGCGGCCAUCUUGGUUUCCUUCCCGGGGAGGGUCGGCGCUUGGGCGGCCUCGGCGGCGAUGAAGCCCCUUCUGGCGUUGGCGCGGUGCAUCCCCAAGAGGUUUUAUUCUGUCCAGGCUGCACCCAAAGUUAAAGGCUCUGCACCACCUCGCGUGCAGCUACCCCCCGAGGAACUUGAGAUUACAAAAUUAUCAAGUGGCUUGGUGAUUGCCUCUUUGGAAAACUAUUGUCCCGUUUCUAGCAUUGGUCUCUUCAUUAAAGCAGGCAGUAGAUAUGAAACUUCCAGCAAUCUGGGAACGUCGCAUCUGCUCCGUCUUGCAACCAGCCUGACCACAAAAGGAGCUUCUUCCUUUAAGAUCGUCACGGGCAUUGAUAGCGUGGCUGCUAAUCUCAGUGUGACUGCUACCCGGGAAAACAUGGUUUACUCCGUUGAAUGUCUGCGUGAUUACAUUGAUACUGUGCUGGAAUAUUUAAUAAAUGUCACUACUGCUCCGGAAUUCAGGCCGUGGGAAGUAUCGGAACUCACUAGCCGUUUAAAAAUUGACAAGGAAAUUGCCUUUCACAUCCCCCAGGCCUGUGUUCUAGAGAAUUUGCACGCAGCAGCUUACCGAAAUGCCCUGGCUAAUUCUUUGUAUUGUCCGGAUUUCAUGAUUGGCAAAAUUACAUCAGAACAGCUGCAUGAGUAUGUCCAGAACAACUUCACAAGUGGACGCAUGGCCUUGGUGGGACUCGGUGUCAGCCACGCCGACCUAAAGCAGGUUGGAGAACAGUUCCUUAACAUUCGCAGUGGGGCUGGCAUGGCCGGCGAAAAAGCCAAGUAUCGCGGAGGUGAAAUCCGAGAACAGCACCGUGAUAACCUCGUCCACGCGGUUGUAGUAGCAGAGGGAGCAGCUGUUGGAAGCGCGGAAAUGAAUGCACUUAGCGUCCUUCAAAAUAUCCUCGGAGCAGGAUCUCUCAUUAAGAGAGGAAGCAGGAUUACCAGCAAACUUGUCCAGGAGAUUACAAAGACAACUUCCCUACCCUUUGAUGUAACAGUAUUCAAUGCGAAUUACUCUGAUUCUGGUCUUUUUGGCAUAUACACCGUCUCUCAAGCCUCAGUCACCGGGGAGGUAAUCAAAGCUGCUUUGAAUCAAAUGAAGGCGGUUUCCGAAGGUGGAGUUACUGACGAAGAAGUGAAAAGAGCCAAGCAGCAAAUGAAGGCAGCGUUUUUUAUGUCCGUGGAGUCUUCAGAAGGUUUGCUGAAUGAAAUUGGUAGCCAGGCGUUAGCAUCGGGGACGUACACCUCUCCGGCCCACGUGGUUGAACAGAUCGACUCUGUGACCACCGCUGAUGUUGUGAAUGCGGCCAAGAAGUUUGUCAGUGGGAAGAAGUCGAUGACCGCUCGGGGAAACCUGUCCAAUACCCCUUUUGUUGACGAGUUGUAAGAAAGCGAAGAUAAGGUUACGGCUGUCAGGCGAACCCCAAAGCAAACGGAUUGAUUGCUGUUCCCUGUGCUUUGGCUUAACAGAUUUCCAUGCCCAUUUACAUACAUCAAAUAAAGUGCAGAACUCGUACAACAA